GACGUCAGUGACCAUAAGGUAACAACUGUGAUCUCAGUUAUCAUGUGGCUGUAGUUGUUUUGUCUAUGUUUGAGCUCAUCUGUUUUUUUUUUUUUCUUUCAAACUUGGACCCACCCUUAAAAAAUCCCAUGAUCAUCGGUCACCAAGUGGUAAAGUCCAAGGAAUCCUAAUCUCAAAAAUGGUAGUUGUUAUCCGAUCAAAAUCUGGAACAGUACUCGUCUGAUCGAACGGUACUCAUGGAGUCUGUUUGACAGUCAACACUGUCUUUGAACGGCCCUGGCCCAAACCACACAAGAGUAAACACUUUCAUUCAACCAAAUAAUCUACUUCAUUUAUAUUGGCUUUUCUCCGUUGCAAUUCAUCGUUUCUUUUGGGUUUGUUAAGCAAAGAAUAAUAAAGAAGAAGAUGGUGUCAACUACAAUUGAUCUGUUGAAGAAGGAACUUCCUGUGGAAGAAGACUCUUUGGUUCUUUCUCAAGAUGCAAAGACUGGUCUUGUUCUCGUUGACGUUGUUAAUGGCUUCUGCACCAUUGGAGCUGGAAAUCUAGCUCCAAUGCAACCUGAUAAACAAAUAUCUAAUAUGGUUGAAGAAUCUGUGAGACUAGCCAGGCUAUUCUGUGAGAAAAAAUGGCCUGUUUUUGCUUUCCUUGAUUCUCAUCAUCCUGAUAUUCCGGAGCCUCCAUUCCCUCCUCAUUGCAUUGCUGGAACUGAUGAAUCUAGAUUGGUUCCUGAUCUACAGUGGCUCGAAAAUGAGCCUAAUGCAACACUUAGAUGCAAAGAUUGCAUUGAUGGCUACCUUAGUUCAAUUGAGAAAGAUGGUUCCAAUUUGUUUGUAGAUUGGAUUAAGGAUAAUCAGAUUAAAGCUAUACUGGUUGUCGGUAUAUGCACAGAUAUAUGUGUACUGGAUUUUGUAUGUUCAACUCUGUCUGCCAGAAAUCGCCGUAUUCUUACCCCUCUUGAGGAUGUGAUUGUGUACUCCAGAGCUUGUGCAACCUUUGAUCUUCCAGUUCAUGUUGCCACAAAUAUCAAUGGUGCCCUGGCUCAUCCUCAGGAUCUUAUGCAUCACAUAGGUCUAUACAUGGCCAAGGGAAGGGAAGCCAAGGUUGUAUCGGAGGUGUCAUUUGCUGCUCUAUAAGUGACAUGUUCAUAAGACAUC